AUGUUAUACUUACUGUGGUUAGCUGUCAACACCUCUCUACAAAAGGAUAUGUCUGUGUAUGAGAGUACGACUGCCGUUCUCCACCUCGCAUCUCCGUUUAAAGCGGCGGAAGAGCAGGCAUGUUGUAGCUCUGGAUUUGCUCCACCUUUCUUUGCCUCAUCUCCAGCUCCUCCGUAUAUGUGGGGUGGCCAGCAUCCUAUGAUGCCACCAUAUGGGACGCUGGUUCAAUACCCUACUAUGUAUGCUCCACCAGGAAUUUAUGGUCAUCCUAGUAUGCCUAUGACCCCUAGCCAACCGAAUCCAGAAUUGGAAGUGAAGGCUUCUAAUGUGAAGGACAAGGCUCCAAACAAAAAGCCCAAGGGCAAUUCGGGAAAUUCCAAUGCCGGUGGUGGUAGGGCAGCAUCAAGUUCAGGGAACGAUGGUGCCACCCAAAGCGCUGAAAGUGGAAAUGACAUUUUGUCAGAUGGAACCGCUGAGGAUGACCGACAGGAAUAUUCCGGAAGCAAGAAGGGAAGCUUCCAUCAAAUGCUUGCAGAUGCAAACGCCCGGAAUAACAAUUCCGUUUCCAACAUUCAGACGCCAGUCCCCGGGAAUCCUGUAGCUUCUAUGCCUCCAACCGAGCUCAACAUGGGAAUCGACCUAUGGAAUCCAUCCACCGGAACCGGAUCCAUGAAAUUACAAAAAAACCAUUCCGGUGUCCAACAAACAUUGGCCCCACCACCAAUGAUGUCAGAUCAUUGGGUUCAGGAUGAACGGGAACUUAAAAGGCAGAAGAGGAAGCAAUCUAAUAGAGAGUCGGCUAGAAGAUCUAGAUUGCGUAAACAAGCCGAGUGUGAAGAACUACAAGCAAGAGUAGAAGCAUUAAGCAGCGAAAACCACUCACUUAGGGAUGAACUUCGAAGGCUUUCAGAGGAAUGCGGGAAUCUUACAUCUGAAAAUAAUUCAAUAAAGGAUGAGUUGACUCGAUUUUUCGGACACAAAGCUUUGUCAAAACUUGAUACACAACUUCAAUCUCAAACAAGAAAAGGAUUGAUGGAGGAAGUGUGA